AUGCCGUCUAUCCCAUUGCUUCCGGACGUCGUUCAAGCGGACACCACGCCAGUCACGCAUGUCCGUGUGGUGGUACACACUCUUGGUGCAGCAGGUCCUAAUACCAGCGACAAUCAUUGGUCCAUCUACUUGCUUCAUUCUGAUCGUGUCUCAUCAACUCGCAUCAACAUGAGAGCAGAGUUUGAGGAUCCAAGUGGGAAACUCGAUUGGACUAAACAUGCCUACACCCAGACCACAUCGGCCAUCAGGCAUUGGGACUUCCCAGUUGCCGCUGGAAUCACUGUAUUAUACUUCGCACGUCUCAUCUACAGCCGUCGCCGCGAUCGAUAUGAGAUGUCCGGUGGAGGUUCAGGCUGUCGGUGGUGGGUACGGAACAAGAUUUCGUUGGAAGAUGCCCUGGCCGACGACGAUAAUAUCCUGCACCGUCUGGACUACCCGCAAAAGCAGCAUGACUUCUGUUCAUAUCUACUGAGCCACAAGACGGACAUCGAAUCUUUGGUUUCAUUCCAUCUUGGCGUGAAUUUAUGUGAAAUUGCCGACGAGGUUGAUUGGUUGUUUGGGAGCUACAACGUGUGCAUUCCAGUCUACGUAAAUCGGCCUUUUGGCGAACGUGUCCUAAUUCGAAUCCCACUGCCUUUCAAAGUUGGGGAAGAGAAGCAUCCUGGGAAUUCAGAUGAGAAACUGCGCUGCGAAGUGGCUACAUAUAUUUGGAUUCGCGAAAAUUGUCCGACCAUCCCAAUACCUUUCCUUUAUGGGUUCGGGUUCCUCAAUGGGCAAACUUUUACCUAUGAAAAAUCCAUGGGUGUCUGUACUCAAUGGUAUCACCGUAUGAAACGAACGAUACGAUCAGUGCUUGGGUACCCCAGGGCAUCUCCAUUUAUCGGCACGAAGGGAAUCGGUUCUCUGCGCAUCGGAUAUAUGAUUAUCAGCUUCGUUGAGAGUGGCAGCAUGCUGUCUGACACUUUGUCAAAAUUCCUUUUGACGGACAAGACUCGAAGGCAUGCUCUUUUCAGCGAUCUUGCAAAGAUCAUGCUCACACUUAAUCAAAAUCAAUUCCCACGUAUUGGAUCUUUGACUUUAGAUGAUGAUGGCUUGAUUCAUUUGAAAAAUCGUCCCCUAACGCUGCGACUUCAAACUUUCGAAAAUGAAGGCAUCCCUACCAUACCAAGGAACUCUACGUAUCAGUGCGUGGAGCCGUACAUCUUGGAUCUGUUGCACUGUCACGACAACCGCCUUCUCUACCAGCCAAAUGCUAUUCAUGAUCUUCACGACGGCCAGGAACAGCUUGCUGCUUUGACUAUGAUGCGAAGUCUAUUGCCUCAGUUCAUUUCUCAUCAAUAUCGCGACGGUCCAUUUCUACUCACACUUACCGACCUCCAUCCAAGUAAUAUCUUUGUGGAUAAAGAUUGGCAUAUUACGUGUUUAAUAGACUUGGAAUGGGCAUGCACUCUCCCCAUUGAGCUACAGACACCACCGUACUGGUUGACUGGUCGACCUAUCGACGAUAUUGAGCAUGGGGAACAUCUUCAAAGUUUCCAAUCUGUCAUGUUUGAAUUCAUAGAGGCUUUUGAACAGCAGGAAAAAUCUAUCCGUACGCUUGUCACUUCUCAAGCUGAGAUAAUGAAAAAAUGCUGGGACAGAGGGAGCUUCUGGUAUUUUCAAGCUGUCCAUAGCCCUAAGGGCCUUCUCAGAGUGUUCAACGAGCAUAUCCAGCGAAUUUUCUGUGAAGAGCACUGCACUCAGCGAAUAUUCGAUCGGACGGUAAGCCCUUAUUGGUCCGUGGACGCGGGGAAUUUCAUUCAAGAAAAGAUGGAAGAAGACGCGGAAUACAAGGAUCGGUUGAGGGCUCGUUUCGAGGAGAUAGGUCAUUGA